AUGAGUGGCGUUGUGAGCUUUAAGCUCGUGCUGUUGGGCGAGUCGUCAGUUGGAAAGUCGAGCAUUGCGCUCCGCUUCGUCAAGGACCAGUUUGAGGACUAUCGCGAAAGCACUAUUGGCGCGGCGUUCCUCACCCAGACCGUGAAGCGCAGUGAUGACACCAAGGUGAAGCUGGAGAUCUGGGACACUGCCGGCCAGGAGCGCUACAAGUCGCUGGCGCCCAUGUACUACCGCAAUGCGCACUGCGCGAUUGUGGUGUAUGAUAUUGCCGAAAAGGAUUCGCUCGAGAACGCUAAGAGCUGGAUCCGUGAACUCCAGCGCCAUGCAGACUCGACCAUCAUUAUCGUCCUUGUCGGCAACAAGCUUGACUUGGCCGACGCCCGCGAGAUUCCUACGGAGGAGGGCAAAAAGUAUGCGGAAACAGAGGGGUUGCUGUUCCUCGAGACCUCGGCCAAGACGCCGACGAACAUCACCGAGCUCUUUGAUACCAUCGCCAAUCGGCUGCCCCUGGACCGUGGCAUGGGUGCCAAGCGCGCCGCGCCGCCUGGCGCCGCGCGCCCUGCCGACGCCCCGGUGCAGAUCGGCGCGUCGGCGCAGCCGGCGCAGGACAGUGCAUGCAACUGCUAG